AUGAACCCCAGUCUUUGUCCCUCCGGUGAGCUGAGUCGGGAUCGCCUGGGCCCGCGGCGCCAGGUGCUGCACAGCGACAUCGACCUAUUGAACCCGCCGGCGGAGCUGGAGAAGCGGAAGCACAAGCUGAAGCGGCUGGUGCCGUCGCCCAACUCGUUCUUCAUGGACGUGAAGUGCGAGGGGUGCCUGAGCAUAACGACCGUGUUUUCGCACUCCCAGUCGGUGGUGGUGUGCCCAUCGUGCUCCCAGAUACUGUGCACCCCGACCGGCGGCCGGGCUCGACUGACGGAAGGUAGGCAGCCUCCUGGGCGGGCCCCUGCUGUGACACAAGUUGGAAUAGGGCGGCAAUAUUUUCGCAUGCGCGUGCCUUUUCAUGUCGCACUUGGCCAAUGCCGACAAAACGCGGCCAGCGAAUCGUGCAGGCAAUGCUGGUGA